UGCGAAAUGAACUUCGUUCGACUAGCGUUGUUUUUUCCGCUGUUUCACCUGAUAAAUGGCAACGCAACAAAGUCUCUGUGGGAUGAGGAUGAGGAGGAGCAAGCUCAGAGCCCCAUCCUGCGCAUCCACCACAUCAACAUCUUCGGGGACUCCCGCUAUAUGAAGGCGUGGUCCCACGUCGACGACAGUCGCACCCAAUUCGGCAUCACGGCCUCCCUUCGCGAGCAGCUAGGCAGCAACUUCCUGACCUUCAACAUAAAGCUGCGAGUGAGGGCCUCGGGAAGGGAGGUCUUCGUGACCCUGCUCCAAAUGCGGGACCUGGAUCUGUGCGGGUUCUUCACCGAGUUCUCGAAGAACCCCAUGAUGAAGUACUUCCUGCACUCGGAGAUGCAGCUGAGCGAGAUCAUCGCCUGUCCCGUGCGCGUGGGAAACUACACGCUGAAGAAUGUCAGCGCCAAGGACAUCUAUCCGCAGGUCCUGCAGAACGGAACCUACAAAUUCUUCGUGGAGGUCAUCGAGGCCACGGCCGAGAAAGUCUUUGCCCUCCAGGUGACCACCGACAUCCGAGUCCCAAGUGCCCCCGAAUAAACAUUGCCAACAAAGGAUGUGUAAUUACAGGAUGUGUGUGUGUGUGUGCUUAACCCCCGUCUGCAUUGUAAGCGGAUUGCUGU